ACACCCACAUUCACAUCAAUAGCUACACCCACAUUCGCAUCAAUAUCUACACCCACAUUCACAUCAAUAGCUACACCCACAUUCACAUCAAUAGCUACACCCACAUUCACAUUGACACCUUCCACGAGGUCAAUAAAUACGCCAAAUGUCACACCCAAAAUCAAAUCCCUAGCUACGUUCACGCUCAAAUUCACAUCCAUAGCUGCGCCCGUACUCACUUUCAUAGUCACAUCAUUGGCCAUUCUAUUCAAAUCUCUACAUCCAUAGCUAAACAAAACAUUUUAUUCACAAUCAUAUCUACACCCACAAACGCAUGCUUCCACAUUCACUCCCAUAUUCCCACAUUGAUAUCCAUAGACACAUUUUCUCCCAUACAGCCAUUCACACGCACAGUGACAUCCAUAGCGGUGCCCACAUUCACUUAUUCCUACAUUCACUUUCACACACACAUUAGCAUCCACAGAAUUGACAUUGACACACGCAACACAUCCACAACUAUACAACACGUUCACUCCCACAUUCUCUUCCGUGGCUGCACCGCAUUCACAGUCGCACGCACAGUUACAACCCAGAGCGACAUUCACAGUCGCACGCACAGUGACAUCCGUCGAGAGCUACUCCCACAUUCACUCUCUCCCACACACGCAGCCACAGCUACUGUGGCCGAUGGAGCGAACAGUGCGGGCGGGUGGUGCGGCAUCCGCAUGCACGCAGCAUCAUCCAUGCGGCAGCAGCAGCAGCGGUACGCGGAGGAGCAGCAGCAGCAGUCUGUUCUUGUCGGAGAGGGGGCACCGGAUCAUGAGCUACACGGGCAUCCUGCAGGAUGGCUUCUCCUUGUACUCGGCCAACAAAUUCGACGAGGAACACAAUCCGGAGGGAAUCAUUAAUUUGGGAACAAGCGAAAACAAGCUGUCUGUGGACUUGAUGGCCGCACGGCUGGGUCAGCCUGAUAUGUACCACGUGGACCCCGUGACGCUGUGCUAUGGGGACUGGCGAGGACACGCGUUUUUAAAGAAAGAAAUGGCUCGUUUCCUAACCGAUUACUGCAAGGCACCCAGGCCCCUUGACUCAGAAAAUGUGGUCGUGGUGAAUGGCUGCGGUUCCCUCUUCACGGCUCUAUCAGCGGUGCUCUGUGACCCUGGAGACGGCAUCCUCAUCCCCACCCCGUACUAUGGCAUCAUUGAUGAAGACAUCCGUCACUACUCGGGCGUCCGGACUGUGCACGUGCCCCUGAGCGGCGUGCCGUCUGAAGAUGAGACUCAUCCCUUCCAGCUCACGGUGCCAAAACUCGAGACUGCGUUGGAAGCUGCUAAAAAGGAGGGCAUGCGCAUCAGGGCAGUUAUUCUCAUCAACCCCAACAACCCCCUGGGCGACAUCUACCCAGCCGACGCUCUGCUCAGUUAUCUGGAGUUUGCCAAGAGACACGAGCUGCAUGUGAUCAUGGAUGAGAUAUACAUGCUCACCAUCUUCAUCAAGGGACCCAAGUUCACCAGUGUCCUCAGCUUUGACCGUCUUCCUGACCCGGACCGCACGCACGUGAUGUGGAGCCUCAGCAAGGACUUUGCCGCAUCGGGGCUGCGUGUGGGCGUGCUCUACACGGAGAAUCGCGACGUGAUCCGUGCCCUGGGCAAGGUGGCAUACGUGCAUGGCGUGCCGGGUCCGCUGCAGUACUCCGUGUCGCAGAUUCUCAGGGACCGAGAGUGGAUUGACCGCGUGUUCCUGCCCACGAAUCACGAACGCCUGCGGAAGGCCCACCGCUACAUGACGGACCGCCUGCGAGCCAUGGGGGUGCCAUAUCUGGACCGAGCGUCGGGCCUCUACGUCUGGGCCGAUUUCCGGCAGUUCCUGCAAAGUGACACGUUCGAGGCGGAGAAGGAUAUGUGGAUUGCUCUGAUCAAGUCCAAAGUGCUCAUCAGCCCGGGACAGGCGUUCUACUGCCCCGAGCCCGGCUGGGUGCGCCUCGUUUUUGCCGAGUCCAUGACUCGACUCAAGCUCGGUAUGGACAGGCUGGAAAGUGCUUUACCAAAGCUCAAGUUACUUACCAACUCUGCCCAAACAUCGAAAGGCGACCAACCAAACGCCUCAGCCCUGCCCUCCGACUCCCUGGAGGACCUGAUUGGUCUGUUGCGGAAGCAGAUCCACUCGUCUGAUUGGCUGGAGCAGAACAAGGCGGAGCACUUUGCCGAGAGCAACCCGGAGGUUUACGAGAGCUUCCAGCAGCUGCUCAAGAAGUGAUGACGUGCGGCCUCUGGAUCAAUUUUAGUAGAUCUCAUUUAGACACCUUGGCUUCGUCGAAGAUGGUUCAAUGCUGAUUUUAAAGGGAGGAUUUCAGAGAGAGUGUUCAGGGUGGGUUCACAAUCUGAAAUCUAUUUCGUUUCUUGAGAUCUCUGAAAAUAUAAACCAUAAUGGUAUGUUGGUGACUUGGUUACCAUGUUGAGGUAAUAAACCAGCACAGUCUGAGGUUCUGGGGUAGAGCAAUACAUGAAAAAAUAAUUUGAUGUCCCUACCAUCCCCCCCCCACUGCUGCAAUGUGGCUGGAAUUCUGUCACAGGCCCGGGCUGAACGUGACCAUAAAUAUUGUGGCUAUACAUUUGGAAUAGGCUUACAUUUCGCUCAUGGUUAGCUGUAAACAGUUGUUAGAUUUAGAAACAUUGUUUUAUGUUAACCUGGUGCAAAUUCACCAGAAUGGGCAGGGUGGAUUUUUGUUGUACCCUGCAUUGCAUCUUUUUUGAGCUGAGUCUGGCUGAGUCCAGAGCCCAAAGUAAAAAAUAAAUAAAUGACACCUGUUUCAUCCUGGUUAUCACCAAUAUAUAUUAAAACUACUCGGUAGAAUUAUAUUAGCAGUGUACUAUUUUCACUCAGUACUUGCCAACAGUAAUUUCAGGUUGCCCGGAAGCUGUUCGUAGCCAAAUUUGCCACGUGUGUUGUGUUUAUACUGAUGCCUUCUCUAUGGCAAGAGAUUCUUUGCUUGAAGUUGGUGCAUAUACUUAUUAGUUUCUUUUGAUUUCAAUACAUCAUGUGAAUAUCAAAAAUGUCCCAUUUAGAUGGGUGAGCCUACUAAUACAGUCACAAAUGUCAAGCUAUGGUUCUGAGGUAUCCAUAAUCACAACUGCCUGGCCCAUCCAGGCACACAGGUAUGUAAUAUUUAAAAUAAAUGCUUAAGCCCACAAUAGAUGAUACAGAACAAACAUAUACAUCGAUUUAAAGCUUUCGUGACUGCAGGCAUUUAUAUUCUUGGUUCUUUCGGUAAAGUCACAAAAAGAUUAUUGUUUCAUAUUUUAUUAUUUCCCUUCUACGUGACUUUACCAAGAAUAUAUAAAUCGAUGUUUUUCAUUUGUGUCUCAUAAUGGAUUCACAUGACCCCUGCAGCCACGAGUUGCAGCCUUGACCAUUGUUAACAAAAAUCUAUUCUUAACUUGUGACUCAUCUAUACAGUAGAACCUCUGGUCACGAACGCUUCUGACCACGACCAAAUCGGGUUCCGACCAAAAAAUUCACAAAAUAUUUUGAAUCUGGUCACGAACACAAACUCGGGUGGUGAUCAAACACGGCCGCGGCCGAUUUCCCCUUCCGCGCCAUUUUUUUUGUAAGCGCCAAAUUUCCUGUUUGUUUACAAACAAACAAUAGAUGAUACAGAGCAAACAUAUUAAUCGAUUCUAGAUUUGAAGCUUUCGAGACUGCAAGGAUUCAUACUCUUAGUUCUUUCGGUAAAGUCACGUAGGUAAAAAAUUAAAAUUAAUAAAACAUUUUAAAAAUGAUUUUCUUGUUUUUAUUAUUUUGUAUUAAUUUCAUUUUUUACCUACGUGACUUUACCGAAAGAACUAAGAGUAUAUAAAUCGAUUUAAAGCUUUCGUGACUGCAGGGAUUCAUAUUCUUGGUUCUUUCAGUAAAGUCACGUAGAAGGGAAAUAAUAAAACAAACAACAGGAAAAUUCCUAGUAAGAUAUUAAUUUUGUGAGUGUAGUCAUACCCCUCCCCCCUCAUUCAAGCCGUAAUUUAGAGAGCGAAAGCGCUGAGUACGUAAAUCGCUAACAUAAGAACCCGUUAAUCUCUUCUCGCAUCAUUCAUACGAUGAUGCGGUGAAGUAAACGUUCAUACGAUAUUACAGCGAAUGCUUCCAAAAACAAUACUGUACCCAAAUAUUACUGUUAACUUCCUUUCAAUAGAAACAUGAAUUGCUCAUACGAAUAUUCUCUCUCUCUCUCUCUCAGAAUCGACCGACUGAUGUAGCAGACGAAACAAUCAUCUUGUUGAACGAUUCUCAACCUUGACGCGGCAAUGUUAGUUUUCUCUGUUGUUCAAGGUUUUCUCAGUGUUAUUCAAUGUUUUUACAUUUAGUUUACUAUUACACUAUGAAUUCUAUGGUAUAAUGAACUAUUUUUGUGCUUAAACAUCUUUAAAAAACAAUAUUUAUAUACCGUUCGUAGGAGUCUGGAACGGAUUAAUCGUAUUUACAUACAAUCCAAUGGGGAAAUUAGGUUCGAGUCACGACCAAAUUGGGUUGCAACCAAAGUUAUGGAACGAAUUAUGGUCGUGACCAGAGGUUCUCCUGUAUCUGUAGACACGUGCAAUUCAUAACAUGUGGCCAAAUAUGAAGAGCGCUUUACUCUUGAAACGGUUUUAGCGCAAGAUACUUAUUGAGUUCUCUCUUUCCAUCCUGAGCGUCCUUUAUUGUUAGACACUACAUUGUGAAUUGCUGGGCAUUCAUAAUCACCUUCACCAGUCAUUAUUCGGGGCCUGAAACAGCGUUUAGGCUGAUGCUGCUGCUAUUUCUGCAGUCGUGUCAUUUUUAAAUUGAUAUUCUGACUCCUGGUCCUGUCGUUUCUUGCAACGGCUUUGCUUAGAUUAGUUUGUGCUACCAUAUAUGGACGAAAAGGUGCCAAACAUGAGAUUAAACACGUGGAGUCCCGAUUUGCACCCAGAUGGAAUGGAAUCAUAUUUUGUAUUUGCAUUUGGCAACGAUGUCCAGUCAGACUUCACCAUGGCUAUUGUUACAAUCAGACUUACAAUGGGUUCUUCACACUAAGGUGGUCGGGGGCCAGAGUAAAGAAAAUUAUAUUAAGAUUUGCUGUAAAUCUGGCAGGUAUGAUAGUCGUAUGAUCAUUAACAUCGUCGGAGAAAAGGGAUCUUAAGUCAGAGUAAAUUGGGGGUAUCACGGUGAAGUGUACUGUUGUAGGAGUGGUUGCUAGGGAUUAUGUCAUCACUCCCACGACUGACAGAUGUGUACGCACCUCCGAUUAUCACAGUUGGCUACAUACGGCUGCGAAAGAAGUUCAACUUACAUACCAAUCACAUGUCAGAAAUACAUGUAAGCAUCCAGGCGUUUUAAGCCAGCCUGCAGCUAAGGUAUUUGAUUAAUGUUGCUGAUAUGAAUGAUUAAAAUAAUUGUUGCUAGAUAUUACAAUUUUCAUAAUGAUCAGUUAUGAUUGACUUACAAGUCGUCCUGACCACUCGUUGACUCGGAUUUACACGGAUCUUAUCGUAAACUGAACGUUCGACUCUGUUACAAAGUGAUGUUAUCGUUUAACACGUAGGCUUUCGCGACCAAUAUUAUUCAUAAUCAACGUUUUUGGAUUGAGAUCGCGUUAUUUAU